GCCCGCUGGGGCACACACUAGUACACUCCCUCCACACUCACUAUUCAGUUUUUAGAAGAAGAAGGGUAUCUCCAAACCCUAGCUAGCUUCCCCACAUUCUCUCUCUCUCCCUCCCUCCCUCCCUCUCCGCUCAUGCUUCCACAUUUUCACUUGGCGUUGUUUCGCUGAUCUAUAUUUUGAGAUUUAAUCUCUCGUUGGAUUUUGUUUUGAAUUUUUUUGUGUGUGGUGGAUCCUUGAUUUGUGAAAUCGUUGCAUGUUAGCCGGAGAUGGCGUCUGCGUGCGUGAAUAACAUCGGAAUGUCGCCGGAGAAUUUCCUCGACUGUCCUCCGGCGGCUUUCCCGUCAUACGGCUGGCUGAGCCCCAGGAUAUCGUUCAGCCGCGAGUUUCCCGACGAGGAAGCCUCCAAAGGCGCCGCGAAUCGUUCGUCUCCGAAGCGCCUGCCGAUGGCGGACGAUGCGGAUGAGGAGAAGCUGGAGGAGCCAGAUCCGGAGGUCUCCAGCAAGGAUUUCGUCGAUUUCGAGUUCCGCCUCGAAGAUCCGGUGGCAAUGCUCCCCGCCGAUGAGCUUUUCGCCGACGGAAAACUAGUUCCGCUCCACCUCUCCUCCAUUCGCCACUCGAUGACGUCAGUUCCGGCGUUUUCCGAAGCCAGAUCUCCGGAUACGCCUAGCUACCGGCGGAGGAAUGAGAUAUCGUCGAGAGAUCCGUAUUUGUUUUCUCCCAAGGCGCCGCGAUGCUCGAGCCGGUGGAAAGAGCUUCUCGGCUUGAAGAAGCUGUACCAGAACAGCAAUUUGAAGCAGGAGGAUCCGAGAAUGGCGUCGUCUCUAUCCUCGAAUAGCAACAACAAAAACUCCUCCAGAGGCCUCAAGCACUUGCUUCACCGCAGCUCCAAGUCGUCAUUGAAUACAUCCAUAGAUUCAUCCUUAAAUCAACCGCUCUUAAAGGACUCUGACAACGAAUCAAUAUCCAUCUCGUCCAGGCUCUCUCUCUCAUCGUCCUCAUCUGGCCACGAGCACGACGAUCUCCCUCGACUCUCGCUCGAUUCUGAAAAGCCUAGUCGCAAUUCUCAUCAAUCCACCGCCAGCAAUCUCGCCAGAGUCCGAUUGUCCAAAUAUAAAUCGGCGGCAAUGUCAUCGGAAAACCGCACAGCACCAUGUAGGUCUAGCCGCAGUCCGAUGAGAAGAGCUCCUGAAAUCAUCGUUCCAGUUCGCGGCGUUUCCGUCGACAGUCCUCGGAUGAACUCCUCCGGAAAAAUCGUUUUCCAUAGCUUGGAGAGAAGCUCGAGCAGCCCGAGCACCUUCAACGGCGGGCCGAGACACAAGCAUCGAGGAAUGGAGCGGUCGUAUUCAGCCAACGUCCGCGUCACUCCGGUCCUCAACGUGCCGGUGUGCUCCCUCCGCGGUUCGUCCAAAUCGGUUGUUUUCGGUUUUCCAUUGUUCGCGUCGCAACAGAGGAAAGAAACAUGUGGUGGUGGUAGCAGCGCUGUGAAUAGAAGUCAGUAUAGUCACAGCAAGAACCGCACAGAUCGAACAAGAGAGAGCAAUCAGGCUUAGAAUUUUUGUUUUUUGGGUAAUGCUAAACCUUUCGCUUAAUCUUUUUUCCCCUUUCUUCGAAUACCUUGGGAUUUUGAGGUUCAGCAUUACGUAAAUGAAGGUUCAUUUCCAAUUUUUUUCCUAGACAAAAUUUCAGUAUUAUGUACAUAAGUAAUUCCGGUGAGUUUGUUGUUGGUGAUUAUGAUUGGAGUUGUAGUGCUAACUCUCAUUAUUCCAAAAGCUAAAUAUUCUCGGCCAGAUUUGUUUGGAGAUGAGGUUUUCUUUUUCAUCAUAUCUGCAUUUGAUUACCGGAAAGUUAAA